UUCUGCCUUACAACACAACGGUGCGAAUGUUGGAAGAAUGGAAGCAAACCAAAGGCCAAGAAUGGCGGCAAAAACAAAAAAAAAAAAAAAAACUUUAAUAAAUCUCCAAAAUAAUUCCCAUCUUCCUCAUAAGUACCCAAUAUACUAAAAUUAUCUAAAGUAAUAUUUAGCCUCAUUUGUCUUCAUUGUAGUAGUAACAAGAACAGUUUGAAAUCAAAGAUGGUGAGGGUGAGGGUGAGGGUGAAGGUGAGGGUAAAGUGAAGAGUUUCCUAACAGGGUUUGGUCUUAUAUCUCCUUUUCUGUUUUACCUUUUUUGUUAGUCAUUGACAAGGAAAGCCAGUGACUUUCAAAGAGUUUUUUCUUUUUCCAUUUUUAGGGGUGUGUGUGUAGAGGAGGAGGGUGCUAUUAAUGGCUUUAGCCUUUUGGACAAGGCAACAUCAACCCUAGAUGGUGGAAAAAAAUUGCUAUAUCAUUUGUUACAGUUACCAACUGUAGAAUACUGAAUCAUUCCCUUCCAAGAUCAUGAUGGGUCAUCAUCAUCAUCAAGAUCCUCACUGUUCUUCCUCUGAUGGUGGGGCUAACAAAAUAACUUCUUCUAUUGAUGAAGCUAGUCUUCUUCUUCCAGCUCCUCCUCCUGCAGCUACUGGUGGUGGUGCAAGGACUUUGCCGCCUUUUGAUAUUUCUACCAACUCCCAAGGAGGGAUGGCAACUGCACUAGGGUAUCCUUUUACAUGGGCGCAGUGGAAGGAACUUGAGAGGCAAGCUAUGAUCUACAAGUACAUGGUCUCAGCUAUAUCUGUUCCUCCAGAUCUCCUAUUAUCAAUUUGCACAAAUUCUUCUGGAGCUUCACAUACUACCUCAGCUACUGGAUCGGUAAAAGGCCAGCGAUACACAAAUAUAAGGGAUAUAGAGCCUGGAAGGUGCAAAAGAACUGACGGCAAAAAAUGGAGAUGCUCGAGAGAUGUAGCCCCUCAUCAGAAGUACUGUGAGCGUCAUAUGCAUAGAGGUCGUCCCCGUUCAAGAAAGCAUGUGGAAGUUCAUGCCGCUGUUAGCAACGCCAGUGACAAUAAGAAGACUCGCAUUCACGUUGCUCCUCUUGAAUCUACUCCGGUAGCUGUUCCUAUGCCCACACCUGCUGGUCAAAUCAACAGCCCUUCAACAAAGCAGUCUCUUAGAUCUACCUUUCAGCAAAUUCAGGGUCCCCUGUUUUUCCAUGAUAAGAUGGGGGGAAAUAUCUCCACUGAUCCCUCUUUCAAUGAACUACACAGAAGUUCGGGCUGGAUGAUGGAAGGUGAGUUGGUAGCAAAGGCUAAUGCUGGACAACAAUGGGAACAUUUGAUGGACUCAAACGCAGGUUUCACAGCUGAUGGAAGGUUUCAUCCAGAUUUGCAGCAUGGCUACAAGGAAGAGGCAUUGAAUUUAUUGGCAAGUAGAGAUUUGGAAAGAACUGAAGAUGUGAGUGUCAAGCACAAUGGUGAGUUCAAUUUCAUGAUAAAUCCUGAAUUAGUAAAGGAUGUCUCUAGGGACUUGAUUAACACAUGGUCCAAUGAUAAUAUUUACAACAAUAGUAACAAUGAGAAUAUGGAGGCUUCGUUGUGGCCAUCGCUAGGGAAUAUCUCUCCAUCAUCGCUUAAUUUGUCUAUUGCUAUGGCUGCUGGUGAUGCCCUUGAUGAGGAUAUGGGUUUGGAUAGUAGAUUUAUGAAUGCUAAUCAGCACAAGUUUUGGGAGAACAGUUUCCCUUUUGCAUCUGGAGGACCAUUGGCUGAAGUUUUACACCCUAGCUCAUCUAUUAGUCUUGGUGACAACCCAGCCUCAUCAUACACAAGCAAUGGCGAUUCGAUCAGCCCUGCAGCAACGACCGUCUCAUCACCCUCUGGAGUUCUUCAAAAGACAUUGUUUUCGCACUCGGAUGGCAGUGUUUGCAACAGCCCAAUUCUUGCAGCUCCGACUAAUAUUACACCUGAGACGGUUCAAUUCCAGUGGUUAAGAUAGAAUGCCAGAAUGGCUCUUCCUCUUUUUUUCUUUUUUUUUGUGUUUGUUUUACUUUUCUUGCUUUCAAUCCAAUGGUGCUACAAGUUUCCAAAGUGACUGUCUUCACUUUCAGGCAAAUCUCAAUUCCCAAACACAAGAUCAAAGAACUUUUAUACUAUUACUAUCGUACAAGUUGUUUAGGAAAUAUGUACACUUGUUUAUGUUCCUGAAGUGUUGUGCGUCUUAACACUUUAAAAUGAUCUAAUCUCGGGUUUAUCAUGAGAAUAAA